UGGUUUUGUGCUUGCUCACCAAAGCUAACCUCAGCAUGCUCAAAAGGAAGCAGAGUUCCAGGGUGGAAGCCCAGCCAGUCACUGACUUUGGUCCUGAUGAGUCUCUGUCGGAUAACGCUGACAUCCUCUGGAUUAACAAACCAUGGGUUCACUCUUUGCUGCGCAUCUGUGCCAUCAUCAGCGUCAUUUCUGUUUGUAUGAAUACGCCAAUGACCUUCGAGCACUAUCCUCCACUUCAGUAUGUGACCUUCACUUUGGAUACAUUAUUGAUGUUUCUCUACACAGCAGAGAUGAUAGCAAAAAUGCACAUCCGGGGCAUUGUCAAGGGGGAUAGUUCCUACGUGAAAGAUCGCUGGUGUGUUUUUGAUGGAUUUAUGGUCUUUUGCCUUUGGGUUUCUUUGGUGCUACAGGUGUUUGAAAUUGCUGAUAUAGUUGAUCAGAUGUCACCUUGGGGCAUGUUGCGGAUUCCACGGCCACUGAUUAUGAUCCGAGCAUUCCGAAUUUAUUUCCGAUUUGAACUGCCAAGGACCAGAAUUACAAAUAUUUUAAAGCGAUCAGGAGAACAAAUAUGGAGUGUUUCCAUUUUCCUACUUUUCUUUCUACUUCUUUAUGGAAUUUUAGGAGUUCAGAUGUUUGGAACAUUUACUUAUCACUGUGUAGUAAAUGACACAAAACCGGGGAAUGUAACCUGGAAUAGCUUAGCUAUUCCAGACACACACUGCUCACCAGAGCUAGAAGAAGGCUACCAGUGCCCACCUGGAUUUAAAUGCAUGGACCUUGAAGAUCUGGGACUUAGCAGGCAAGAGCUGGGCUACAGUGGCUUUAAUGAGAUAGGAACCAGUAUAUUCACCGUCUAUGAGGCCGCCUCGCAGGAAGGUUGGGUGUUCCUCAUGUACAGAGCAAUUGACAGCUUUCCCCGUUGGCGUUCCUACUUCUAUUUCAUCACUCUCAUUUUCUUCCUCGCCUGGCUUGUGAAGAACGUGUUUAUUGCUGUUAUCAUUGAAACAUUUGCAGAAAUCAGAGUACAGUUUCAACAAAUGUGGGGAUCAAGAAGCAGCACUACUUCAACAGCCACCACCCAGAUGUUUCAUGAAGAUGCUGCUGGAGGUUGGCAGCUGGUAGCUGUGGAUGUCAACAAGCCCCAGGGACGCGCCCCAGCCUGCCUCCAGAAAAUGAUGCGAUCAUCGGUUUUCCACAUGUUCAUCCUGAGCAUGGUGACCGUCGACGUGAUCGUGGCGGCUAGCAACUACUACAAAGGAGAGAACUUCAGGAGGCAGUACGACGAGUUCUACCUGGCGGAGGUGGCUUUUACAGUACUGUUUGAUUUGGAAGCACUUCUGAAGAUAUGGUGUUUGGGAUUUACUGGAUACAUUAGCUCAUCUCUCCACAAAUUCGAGCUACUACUCGUAAUUGGAACUACUCUUCAUGUAUAUCCAGAUCUUUAUCAUUCACAAUUCACGUACUUUCAGGUUCUCCGAGUAGUUCGGCUGAUUAAGAUUUCACCUGCAUUAGAAGACUUCGUGUACAAGAUAUUCGGUCCUGGAAAAAAGCUUGGGAGUUUGGUUGUAUUUACUGCCAGCCUCUUGAUUGUUAUGUCAGCAAUAAGUUUGCAGAUGUUCUGCUUUGUCGAAGAACUGGACAGAUUUACUACGUUUCCAAGGGCAUUUAUGUCCAUGUUCCAGAUCCUCACCCAGGAAGGAUGGGUGGACGUAAUGGACCAAACUCUAAAUGCUGUGGGACAUAUGUGGGCACCUGUAGUUGCCAUCUAUUUCAUUCUCUAUCACCUUUUUGCCACUCUGAUCCUCCUGAGUUUGUUUGUUGCUGUUAUUUUGGACAACUUAGAACUUGAUGAAGACCUAAAGAAGCUUAAACAAUUAAAGCAAAGUGAAGCAAAUGCAGACACCAAAGAAAAGCUCCCUUUGCGCCUGCGAAUCUUUGAAAAAUUUCCAAACAGACCACAAAUGGUGAAAAUCUCAAAGCUUCCUUCAGAUUUUACAGUUCCUAAAAUCAGGGAGAGUUUUAUGAAGCAGUUUAUCGACCGCCAGCAACAGGACACAUGUUGUCUCCUGAGAAGCCUCCCUUCCACCUCUUCCUCGUCCUGCGACCACUCCAAACGCUCAGCAAUUGAGGACAACAAAUACAUCGACCAAAAACUUCGCAAGUCUGUUUUCAGCAUCAGGGCAAGGAACCUUCUAGAAAAGGAGACCGCAGUCACUAAAAUCUUAAGAGCUUGCACCCGACAGCGCAUGCUGAGUGGAUCAUUCGAGGGGCAGCCGGCAAAGGAGAGGUCAAUCCUCAGCGUGCAGCAUCAUAUCCGCCAAGAGCGCAGGUCACUAAGACAUGGAUCAAACAGCCAGAGGAUCAGCAGGGGAAAAUCUCUUGAAACUUUGACUCAAGAUCAUUCCAAUACAGUGAGAUACAGAAAUGCACAGAGAGAAGACAGUGAGAUAAAGAUGAUUCAGGAGAAAAAGGAGCAAGCAGAGAUGAAAAGGAAAGUGCAAGAAGAGGAACUCAGAGAGAACCACCCGUACUUCGAUAAGCCCCUGUUCAUCGUCGGGAGAGAACACAGGUUCAGAAACUUUUGCCGGGUGGUGGUCCGAGCACGCUUCAACGCAUCUAAAACAGACCCUGUCACAGGAGCUGUGAAAAAUACAAAGUACCAUCAACUUUAUGAUUUGCUGGGAUUGGUCACUUACCUGGACUGGGUCAUGAUCAUCGUAACCAUCUGCUCUUGCAUUUCCAUGAUGUUUGAGUCCCCGUUUCGAAGAGUCAUGCAUGCACCUACUUUGCAGAUUGCUGAGUAUGUGUUUGUGAUAUUCAUGAGCAUUGAGCUUAAUCUGAAGAUUAUGGCAGAUGGCUUAUUUUUCACUCCAACUGCUGUCAUCAGAGACUUUGGUGGAGUAAUGGACAUAUUUAUAUAUCUUGUGAGCUUGAUAUUUCUUUGUUGGAUGCCUCAAAAUGUACCUGCUGAAUCGGGAGCUCAGCUCCUAAUGGUCCUUCGGUGCCUGAGACCUCUGCGCAUAUUCAAACUGGUGCCCCAGAUGAGGAAAGUUGUUCGAGAACUUUUCAGCGGCUUCAAGGAAAUUUUUUUGGUCUCCAUUCUUUUGCUGACAUUAAUGCUCGUUUUUGCAAGCUUUGGAGUUCAGCUUUUUGCUGGAAAACUGGCAAAGUGCAAUGAUCCCAACAUUAUUAGAAGGGAAGACUGCAAUGGCAUAUUCAGAAUUAAUGUCAGUGUGUCAAAGAACUUAAAUUUAAAAUUGAGGCCUGGAGAGAAAAAGCCUGGAUUUUGGGUUCCCCGUGUUUGGGCAAAUCCUCGGAACUUUAAUUUCGACAAUGUGGGAAACGCUAUGCUGGCAUUGUUUGAAGUUCUCUCCUUGAAAGGCUGGGUGGAAGUGAGGGAUGUUAUUAUUCAUCGUGUGGGGCCGAUCCAUGGAAUCUAUAUUCAUGUUUUUGUAUUCCUGGGUUGCAUGAUUGGACUGACCCUUUUUGUUGGAGUAGUUAUUGCUAAUUUCAAUGAAAACAAGGGGACAGCUUUGCUGACCGUCGAUCAGAGAAGAUGGGAAGACCUGAAGAGCCGACUGAAGAUCGCACAGCCUCUUCAUCUCCCGCCUCGCCCGGAUAAUGAUGGUUUUAGAGCUAAAAUGUAUGACAUAACCCAGCAUCCAUUUUUUAAGAGGACAAUUGCAUUACUCGUCCUGGCCCAGUCGGUGUUGCUCUCUGUCAAGUGGGACGUCGAGGACCCGGUGACCGUACCUUUGGCAACAAUGUCAGUUGUUUUCACCUUCAUCUUUGUUCUGGAGGUUACCAUGAAGAUCAUAGCAAUGUCACCUGCUGGCUUCUGGCAAAGCAGAAGAAACCGAUACGAUCUCCUGGUGACGUCACUUGGUGUUGUAUGGGUGGUGCUUCACUUUGCCCUCCUGAAUGCAUAUACCUACAUGAUGGGCGCUUGUGUGAUUGUAUUUAGGUUUUUCUCCAUCUGUGGAAAACAUGUAACGCUAAAGAUGCUCCUCUUGACAGUGGUCGUCAGCAUGUACAAGAGCUUCUUUAUCAUAGUAGGCAUGUUCCUCUUGCUGCUGUGUUACGCUUUUGCUGGAGUUGUUUUGUUUGGUACUGUGAAAUAUGGGGAGAACAUUAACAGGCAUGCAAACUUUUCUUCGGCUGGCAAAGCUAUUACCGUACUGUUCCGAAUUGUCACAGGUGAAGACUGGAACAAGAUUAUGCAUGACUGUAUGGUUCAGCCUCCUUUUUGUACUCCAGAUGAAUUUACAUACUGGGCAACAGACUGUGGAAACUAUGCUGGGGCACUUAUGUAUUUCUGCUCAUUUUAUGUCAUCAUUGCCUACAUCAUGCUAAAUCUGCUUGUAGCCAUAAUUGUUGAGAAUUUCUCCUUGUUUUAUUCCACUGAGGAGGACCAGCUUUUAAGUUACAACGAUCUUCGCCACUUUCAAAUCAUAUGGAACAUGGUGGAUGAUAAAAGAGAGGGGGUGAUCCCCACAUUCCGUGUCAAGUUCCUGCUGCGGCUGCUGCGUGGGAGGCUGGAGGUGGACCUGGACAAGGACAAGCUCCUGUUUAAGCACAUGUGCUACGAAAUGGAGAGGCUCCACAACGGUGGCGACGUCACCUUCCACGACGUCCUGAGCAUGCUUUCAUACCGGUCCGUGGACAUCCGGAAGAGCUUGCAGCUGGAGGAGCUCCUGGCGAGGGAGCAGCUGGAGUACACCAUAGAGGAGGAGGUGGCCAAGCAGACCAUCCGCAUGUGGCUCAAGAAGUGCCUGAAGCGCAUCAGAGCUAAACAGCAGCAGUCAUGCAGUAUCAUCCACAGCCUGAGAGAGAGUCAGCAGCAAGAGCUCAGCCGGUUUCUGAACCCGCCCAGCAUCGAGACCACCCAGCCCAGUGAAGACACGAAUGCCAACAGUCAGGACAACAGCAUGCAACCCGAGACAAGCAGCCAGCAGCAGCUCCUGAGCCCCACACUGUCAGAUCGAGGAGGAAGUCGGCAAGAUGCCGCUGACGCAGGGAAACCCCAGAGGAAGUUUGGGCAGUGGCGUCUGCCCUCAGCACCAAAACCAAUAAGCCAUUCAGUGUCCUCAGUCAACUUACGGUUUGGAGGGAGGACAACCAUGAAAUCUGUCGUGUGCAAAAUGAACCCCAUGACUGACGCGGCUUCCUGCGGUUCUGAAGUUAAGAAGUGGUGGACCCGGCAGCUGACUGUGGAGAGCGACGAAAGUGGGGAUGACCUUCUGGAUAUUUAGGUGGAUGUCCAUGUGGAUGAAUUUCUAGUGGUGAAAACUGUUUUCUAGUAAUUUCCUUGAUUGUCCAGUGAGCAAUCUGUAAUUGAUCUAUAGCUGAAUUCCAACUUGUCACAAGAUUUUUAUAAAUUGAUGUUCAUCCUGCCGCAGAAAGGCAUAAGCUGCAUGUAUGAUAGGUCACUAUCAUUGCUCAAAAAAAUUUUGUAUACUGACUGUACUGAUAAUAUUAGAAACGAUACAGCAAGCAAAUGUAUAUCACUCAAAACUGUCAUAUAUUCUGUCUGUGUAAACUAAGGUAUAUAUUCAUAUGUGCUCUAAUGCAGUAUUAUCACCACCCCCCAAAAGAGUGCUAAGCCCAAAGUGGCUGAUAUUUAGGGUACAGGGGUUAUAGCUUUAGUUCACAUCUUUCCCAUUUCUGCUAGAAAUAUUUCUCUUGAGAGAAUUUAUUAUUUAUGAUUGAUCUGAAAAGGUCAGCACUAAACUUAUGCUAAAAUGAUAGUAGUUUUACAAACUACAGAUUCUUCUUUUUCUCACGUUAUAUUUUAAAAUAUACACAAGACAUUUGGCGACCAGAACAAGUUGAUUUCUCUCCUCAGUUAUGCUAAUGAAACUAUUGCCUCCUCCUGAGAAAACUGCGUAUGCAAGCACCAGGCAAAGAAAUGGACUCAGGAUGCUUACUGGUUUAUAACAAACCUGUAGAUAGAUCACCUGAGUGACACAGUUGUGCAAAGAUGUUAAGUUUCUUAAGCAGCCUUUUAAUAAUUGAGUUUAGCAAAAAGAAUAAAACUGUAUAGCUCAAUUUAUUUUUAAAAAAUCUUUGCAUGUGUGAUGUUAUUGUUGGUUUCAUUUCUUACCCAAGGUAUGUCUGUUUUGCCACAAAUCAGCUGAGUCAUUUCAUUAUGGGUUGCUCCUAACACACCAUUGCUAUGUUACAUUUGAAAUGACAUCUCUGUUACCAGAAUCUCCUAUGGAAAUAAUGGUGUCCUGCAAAAUCUUCCUCUGAACUCACAGGUUAGGGAUCACACAACUUAAUCAUUUUUCGUUUUUGUUUUUUUGGUUUUUUUUUUUCCUUAUAUGUCGGUGGCCCAUGUCCUCUGGGAAAAUUAGAAAAGCCAAAGUGCUGUUAGAUUUCUUGUGCUGGGUUGGCCAAGUAGAAGUGGACUCAGACCUUCAACUAUUUUAUUACAGAUUGGACAUUUGCUGUUCAGAUGUGUUUUAGCAGAGGGAUUAUCUCAGAACCCUCUGACCUCCAGGUUGCUUUAUGAUCUAUUUUUCUCUAUUUAACAUUCCUCAGACAGGCAAAUAGCACAUUCCUUCUGUGUCACAGAUGUGUCAUGGUGAUGGCAGGCUACAGUUUAUAUGAUUCAUUGUAACUAUGAGAUAAAGAACAACCAGUCCGUGUGGCCAAAAGGAUUAGAUUUGAUUUGAUGUUCACUUGGAGUUUACUUUUUGUACAUACAAGAUAAAAUAAAUAUUGGAUUUGUAAAAUAA